UUAAUAAAAGUCAGCUGAGAAGUCAUUGAAAUGGUUAAAAAAAACAACUAAUAAACAAUAGUUCAAAAUCCUUGUUAAUAAAAGACUCUGUAUAGAACCACAUUUUUCAAAAUUCAAAUAAAAGUCUUGAAUGUAUUUAUCUGUAUAUAUGUUUGAUAUAGUUUUGACAACAUAAAUACUUAGUUCAAUAUAGUUCACAAAUGGAGACUUACAACCCUCAGUUCCAUUAUUCCAUGGAGCUAGAAGCAUGUGUGUUUUAAUACAUGCAAAAUGUUGUUCAUAUGUCAUGCAAGAGUCUCACUUUCCCCGUCUGUCUUUCUCUCUGGCCUCCCCCUGUCUGUCCUCCCCUCUGUCCCUCCAGUUGUGUUGUAUGUUUGCUAGUGCGGAGUAUUCCAGCUGUGGAGAGUACGAAUUCUUCAAUCAGACCAGUAACAGUUGCCAGGCCUGCCCUCAGUGUCAACCAGGACAAGAGCCGCAUAUGACCUGUGGCUACGGUGUGAAGGAUGAGGACUUUGCCUGUGUGUCGUGUCCACAUGGGAAAUAUUCCAAAGGGAAGUAUGAGAUCUGCAGACGGCACAAAGACUGCGACGCGCUCUACAAAGCCACUGUUCGCGUCGCGGGAACUCCAGACAGCGACGCUGAAUGUGGACCCUGUUUACUAGGGUAUUACAUGCUGGAAAACAGACCCAGGAACCUCUACGGGAUGGUUUGCCAUUCCUGCCAGAACGCACCACGCAACACCAAAGAAUGCAUGGCAACCAGCAGGCCAAAAGAAAAACCUAUUAUUGACCCUGGCAGCACUACUGUGUUCCCUCAUCUACAUAAAGAUUCCAACGGACAAGGUCACCUAGCAACGGCUCUCAUUAUCGCAAUGUCAACCAUUUUCAUCAUGGCCAUCGCCAUCGUACUCAUCAUUAUGUUUUACAUCCUGAAGGCCAAACCGAGUAGUCAGGCAUGUUGUUCUGGACAAGUUGUGAAAGCGGUGGAAGCUCAGACCAACAAACAGGAAGACAAGAAAGACGUCCCUGACAACGUGGUGAUCUACUCAGAGAAAGACGAGUUUGACAAACUAAAAGCUCCUCCUCAGAAGACGGUGAAAAGUGAAAAUGAUGCAUCAUCAGAGAACGAGCAGCUGUUGAGCCGUAGCAUUGACAGUGACGAGGAGGCGGCGUCUGACAAGCAGGCAUCGGCCGACACCAACAAUCCCAACCUGUGCCUCGUCAACCUGGGAAACAAGCCCGACCUCUGCCUGCUCUCUCUGGGCCUCUUGGAGCGGGACAGAUCCUGCAACGGGGCCCCCACCAUGUCAGCCAGACCGGCCAACAACAUCCAGAGUCCCAACCACAUCGGCAAUGUCAACCACAUCGCCAGCACCAACCACAUCAGCAGUGUGAACGCAAUCAACAACAACAAUAAAACCCCAGGGAUGCUUCAGAGCCGAAGGAAAAAGAUCCUGGAUCUGUAUGGCAGAGCCUGCAAUGUGACAGAGGGCCUGAGCCCCACAGAGCUUCCUUUCGACUGUCUGGAGAAGGCCAGCCGCAUGCUGAGCUCCUCCUACAGCAGCGAGGCGGCCGUGGUGAAGACGUGGAGGCAUCUGGCCGAGAGCUUCGGGCUGAAGCGCGACGAGAUCGGCGGCAUGAGCGACGGCCUACAGCUCUUCGAGAGAGUGAGCACGGCGGGUUACAGCAUCCCCGACCUCCUGACCCGCUUAGUGCAGAUCGAGAGGCUCGACGCCGUGGAGUCGCUCUGCUCGGACGUUUUGGGAAGCGGUGAGAUGAAGGCGGCUGCUGGACGGCAGGGCAACAGCAGCUUUCACAGCCAGUUGGUCUGUCCAUCCCCGGGCCAAUCUCCGUCCCAGCGCUGCGCCAGCGUCUAAACAUGAUGUGCUGGAGCAGAGACUUGAGAGACUUGGAUGCCUUACAGUAUAUACAUGUAUGUAAGGACAGAUACUGCUCUGACGAAGAGGACAGCACAUAUGCAGUAUACACCUUACGCCCCAUCACAUGAAGAACGUCAGUGGACCUCCCAGUGCACAAUCAUUUCUUUCCUAUUACGGGUUUUCUCUGCCACGAAGCGAGUAAUCUGAAUUACUUUGCAUGGCCUUAAUGUUCCGUCUUUCCAAAGUGCAAGAGUUGAAGAAAGACACAAAUCAGCCUAAUGAUUGAGAUUACUCUCUAGUUUUCUAAUUCAGAUAUUUUCUCCUCUGAAAGACUCAAAUAAUCAAAUAGUUUCAAUUUCAUCAGAUGCUUGUCUGUCUCAACGGCUAAAGAAUUUGCACAAAAAGAAAAAAUAGCUAGAUUAAGUGUGCACUGGACGCAACACAAUCACAGCUUUUGCUGCCUUUUUCCCCAAAAGUUUUUAUAAAAAAUUUUUGUAUGCAGUUAAAAAGAAUCAUGUGAAAAGAUGCAAUGGGGUGCUGAUAGAGCUCCACUGCAGAAGUGCCAAUUAAGUGCCUUUCUUGAAGGCAUGCUGCAUUGUAAGCGGAAGGAAUGAAUUUGCCUGAUUAGUUGUCCUCUCACUGAACCUUCUGAUCAAGGCAAACAUCUUCAGUAGAUGUUUGUGGCAGCAUAAAGAAAGCGACCUGGUAGGACCGCAGCAUCAGUUAACAUUCAUUCUGUGACCGUGCCUUUGGCUGUGCUGUCAUCAUAGUGGACAGACAGCAGAUAUGAGUUCCCUAUUUAAAAUGCAAUCAUUAUGUCCAGCUGGAAAUGGUAAAACAUCACUAAGAUCACACACACAUAUUGAUAUACAGAAAAUAAAUGAAUCCAAAUGUUAAUCCGAAUCAAUGCAUGAAUACAGAAUUACUCUGCUACUCACGUUCCUCCUAAAUCCACUUUCCCCAACAUUAACACACACAAAAACCAGCAUGCUCUAACACCAACUACUUCCAUUGACCCACUCUGUGACCCCCCUCAUAAUUCUUCCUCUCCCCCCUUAUUACCCUUUUACCUCAAUGCUGCGGUCUAGUGUUGCCGCCAGCCCUAAUUAUUUGGCGUGUGGCCCCCAAUAGUCUGAAGUGUUGUGGUUUACAGAGCGGGUGCAAAGUGCCUGUGAUUUCCAGCACCCAAUUAAGCAUUUAGGGCCACUUAACCACUGAAAGCCCAGUGGAA